UGCUUCCCUACAGGUGUCUGUUAUCCCCUCUCUGCAGUAAUUUCCAGGGUUGACUUUCACAAGCUCUGAGCAGCAGUGCAGGGUUCGAGGGCAGUGAGUGAGUUUCCUCCACCAGAGAAUGCACUGUGGGCCAGAGGAGUUCAUGCUGCACCCUCCCUGCCAGGAGAAGUAGCCUUGGAGCGCAAGGAGAAGAUGUUACAAGGUGCAAGACUCACCACUCAGCAUGCACAGACAUUAGCUGCCCACAAAGGCUCAAACUCUUCCUUCCUGAGAAGACACCACAAGGUUCAUCCAUGCCCACAUCAGUCCCACGUCAAAACCACCACCAUUGAGGCCACAUGGAAGCCCUGGGAUUACAGCAGCUCUGUCAGGGCUGAUUCCUCACCCUGCUCCUCAGAGCGUCUCCGGGGCUGAGCCUGCCGGGGGGAUGCGAGCGCCGGCAGGGAUGGGCGCUGGAGCCUGCCUGCUCCCUUGGCUGCUGCUUCUGCUGCUGAUGGCUCACUCAGCCCACACAGCCAUCCUGGAGGUGAACGGAAACAUGAACUGUAGGUGUGUGAAGACAACCUCGGACUACAUCAGCCCAAAGAGAUAUGAAAGCAUUGAGAUAAGACCCGUGGGAAGCACCUGCAGGCGCAUGGAGAUCAUAAUCAAACUGAGGUCCCCAGGGAAGCUCUGUGUGAAUCCAGAGGCCCCUUGGGUGAGGAAGCUGCUGAAGCGCAUCGCCAGCACGAAGAAGAAAUAAGUUUGCUGCCGAGGAAGUGGAUGCUCCGAGCCCCGGGAUGGGCUGGCCGAUGCCGCACAGAUGUGGACACCUGGCUGCUCCUCGCUUGCCCGCCGCGUCCUCCCCUUCCCCAAAGCCUCGCCUCUGGCCCCAGCGGUGGCCCCAGCCCGGAGGGUGCUUUGCUGCUGACGCCAGCCCCACGGCAGGCUCGUGGGGGUGCUCUCCCCUGCGGCAGUGUGGCUGUGAACCGUCCUUGGGUUGCUUGCCUGCAGCCCACGGAGCCUUUCCCUGCCAGGGUUCGAUGCUGUAGGAACUCUGUGACUCUCUCCACGUGAAGUGCUCACCAGCGGAGUGCCUGCCUGGGGCUGUCUUACACUGUGUGGUGUGUCCUGUCCUGACAGCUCAAGCCAAAUAAAACCCAUCUCUGUG